UUUGUAAAAUUUAAUCUCUCAAGUCUCACCGUCGGUCGACUUCAAUGGAGCACUUGACGAGUUUGACUCGGCUGGUUGGAAUCUAUAAUUUCAAAACUGAAAGAAGUUGGUCUGUAAUAGAGCAAAACCCAGGUCCACAAUUUAAAAGGGCCUAGAAGUAGAAGACCACCUGUCCAGUCCACCAGCACAUAGAAAUCACAAAAACUCCGGUAGCGGGAAGCGAGACAUAAAGCGAAAUGGAUUUUCGGAGCUCCGAUAUCAGUCUAUGGAAAGAGGCGCUUGCUGAUUAUCCGGCGCGAAUUGAAUCUCUGAAAAAAUCAAACCUCAUUUCUCUGGACGAAUUUUACAGAAUCCAACUCCCCUCUCUCAUUCAAAAACGAAACCCUAAUCCAUACAUAACUACACCAGAACUCUCCAAGCUUAUGCAGUGGAAACUUUCCCGUGGUAAAUGGAGGCCUCGCUUGCUUGACUACGUGUCGUCCUUAGACGAGGAGAUAGUGAAAUCUGCUUCUCAGAAAGCAUUUCAAUCACUUCCUGAUGUCUCGAAAGCUGUAACUGAACUUACGGUUUUGAAAGGCGUCGGUCCAGCCACUGCCUCUGCUGUUUUGGCUGCUUACGCGCCUGAUGUUGCUCCAUUCAUGUCUGAUGAGGCUAUGGAGGCAGCUCUUGGUAGCUCCAAAGAUUACACGCUGAAGCAGUAUCUAUCAUUCGUGGAUAAAUUACAAACUAAAGCUAAGGAAUUAAGUUCAAAUGAGGACUCCUUCACACCAUCAGAUGUAGAAACGGCGUUGUGGAGUUAUGCGGUGCGGGCCAAAUCGUUAGCUUCAAAAGAAGAUCUAGACUCAAAAACUGCUACACGCAGAGACACCAAGAGAAAGAGAAAACGUUGACGUAGUCUUUUUUGGCUGGCUCCUAUAUUUGGAUACACAUUGUAUUGCAACAAAGAGUGACAGGCUAAAAUCAUGGGUGAUGAUAUCAUUGGCUGUCUCAUCAAGCACGGUGGCCAUCUGUAGUGAUAUUUAUAGCAUUUUCAACUUUGACAGUGGUGUUGGAAGCUGA